GCGAGGCUUGCACAUACACGAUACGCUCUUAUCCACUGCCCUCUCCACCUGCACAAUCAUGUCCUGGACUAGGACCUUUUGUGUGGGUUUGAUUUUAUUGCAGAUCCUGGGGGCAUCUGAAGGAACGCUACACUUUGCUACCAUCUUCCCCUCAGAGCUGCGUGCCCUGCAUCCUGAACACAUCUGCUUACAAUUGGAGGGAGCUGAAGGUGAAAGCAAUGUGAAAAUAUCUCUAACGUUGAAUGACAAGGAGACCAUCCUCCUAGAAAAAAACUUCCAUGAAGACAACAUAUUCACUUGUCCUGACAUUCAGGUUCCCAAUCCUGAAGAAAAUGAGGCAGUCGGUACGAUAACUCUCUCUCUUAAAAGUUCAGGGGAAUCCCAUACCAACAGUAGUAAAGUUCUAGUAAAGAAGCAGCUAUCCAAAAUUAUAGUCCAGACAGACAAAGCCGUGUACAAACCAGGACAAGUUGUAAAAUUCAGGAUUCUGUCCCUUAAUGAAGAUUUCAAACCAGAAACUAUUUUGAUCCCGGUGGUUGAAGUACAGAACCCAGACAAAAAUAGGAUUAAUCAAUGGUUGAAUGUGAAACUCAAUCAGGGAAUUGCUGAGCUCUCCUUAGAUCUGACAUCUGAGCCCACACUGGGAGAAUACACCAUUAAACUGAAAGAUACAUCUCAUACCUUCAGUGUAGAGGAAUAUGUACUUCCAAAAUUUGAGGUCAAUAUCAAGUUACCUAAAUAUGUUCUGUAUAACAGCGAUACAUUUACAGUUAAAGUUUUUGGCAAGUACACAUAUGGAAAGCCAGUACAAGGGGAUUUUACAGCUUCUAUUUGCCGUGAAUCUUUUUCAUAUUAUUAUAUGAGGAGGGGUUCAAAUGAACCCGCAAUAUGUGCUAAUUUCACUGGAAAGCUGGACAGAUCUGGUUGCCAUACAAUUGAUGUAAAGUCUGGGGUGUUCAGGAUGAACGAAACUAACAAGAGAAAUGAACUGAAAGUUGCAGCUUCUGUUACAGAGGAGGGGACUGGGGUGGAGCUAUCCUCUAAUGGCCAAACCAGUAUAUCAACUGUCAUCAAUAAACUGUCUUUUGUCAAUGCUGACACUAACUACAAGCCCGGCAUCCCUUACAGUGGUUUGAUCAAAGUGGAGGAUGCUGCAGGUCUUCCUAAACCAAACAUUAAACUUAAUCUGAGAUGUGGCCCAGAUUCGGUGUGCCAGACCUUACUGACCGAUGAGAAUGGCCAAGCUUCUUUUACUCUGAAUACAACCAACUGGAAAGGCUCCAUGCAUUUGUCGGUGCAAACAGAGACGCCCAGAGAACAAUAUGUUUCUGGUGUAAAUCAGCCUGAUUUUGGUUUUUCCUCGCAACACGUUGUCCAAUUCUACUCUCGGAGCAAGAGCUACUUGAAACUUAAUUCUCUGGAUGGUGUUCUUCCAUGUGAGGGCCAUCAAAAGGUUCAUGUGGAAUACAUCAUAAGUCACACAGAGCUGGAGGAAGUCAAGAAAGUGUCCCUGCAUUACCUGUUGGUUUCCAAAGUUUCUAUUAAAGACUCAGGGUCAGUGGACAUUAACAUUGAAAACACUAAUGAAGAUAUCCAUGGAAAAGUUACCUUGAACCUUCCUUUGAGUGCAAGCACUUCUCCGUUUAUUCAUGCCCUUGUUUACAUCAUGCUGCCUAAUGGAGAAAUGUUAGCAGAUAAAGCAAAAUUCACUGUAAAAAAAUGUUUCAAGAAUAAAGUAUCAACUAAGUUUUCCCCUGGGGAGGUUCUUCCAGGAUCAGAUGUGUCUCUCCAGGUUGAGGCUGCUCCUGGAUCUCUCUGUGGUCUGCGGGUGGUAGAUCAGAGCGUGGUACUGAUGAAACCAGAGAAAGAGCUGACUGCUGACAAAGUUUUCAACCUCUUUCCCUCCUUUGAUUUUGGAUGGUAUGAUCAUCGUGUCCAGGAAGAUGAACCUUCAUGUGGAUUUCUUCCACCAUUCAGGCCUUUUUUCCCCGAUUCCGUGAUUAGAAGGCCAAUAAGACCAUGGAUCCCCAGAGAUGAGACUGUGGAUGUAUACAGCAUGUUUGAGGCCAUGCGUUUAAAAAUAAUAACCACUGCACAUAUUAAGAAAACUGUAAAGUGUCAUGAUUUUGUAGUUACCAAUGACAGAACAUUUGAAAGAAAUGUUCUUGUUGCUUCUGCAGCCCUUCCUGGACCCGCAGGCGCACCGCCUGUAUUAAAAGAUGUUGCAGUAGACGGCUCAUCAUCACAGCCAAUACCAAUGCCAGAAGAAAGUGAAAAAGUAAGAACAGAUUUUCCUGAGACCUGGAUUUGGGACUUGUUGCUCUUGGAAAGCCAGAGCGACUUGGUUUCCAAAGUUUCUAUUAAAGACUCAGGGUCAGUGGACAUUAACAUUGAAAACACUAAUGAAGAUAUCCAUGGAAAAGUUACCUUGAACCUUCCUUUGAGUGCAAGCACUUCUCCGUUUAUUCAUGCCCUUGUUUACAUCAUGCUGCCUAAUGGAGAAAUGUUAGCAGAUAAAGCAAAAUUCACUGUAAAAAAAUGUUUCAAGAAUAAAGUAUCAACUAAGUUUUCCCCUGGGGAGGUUCUUCCAGGAUCAGAUGUGUCUCUCCAGGUUGAGGCUGCUCCUGGAUCUCUCUGUGGUCUGCGGGUGGUAGAUCAGAGCGUGGUACUGAUGAAACCAGAGAAAGAGCUGACUGCUGACAAAGUUUUCAACCUCUUUCCCUCCUUUGAUUUUGGAUGGUAUGAUCAUCGUGUCCAGGAAGAUGAACCUUCAUGUGGAUUUCUUCCACCAUUCAGGCCUUUUUUCCCCGAUUCCGUGAUUAGAAGGCCAAUAAGACCAUGGAUCCCCAGAGAUGAGACUGUGGAUGUAUACAGCAUGUUUGAGGCCAUGCGUUUAAAAAUAAUAACCACUGCACAUAUUAAGAAAACUGUAAAGUGUCAUGAUUUUGUAGUUACCAAUGACAGAACAUUUGAAAGAAAUGUUCUUGUUGCUUCUGCAGCCCUUCCUGGACCCGCAGGCGCACCGCCUGUAUUAAAAGAUGUUGCAGUAGACGGCUCAUCAUCACAGCCAAUACCAAUGCCAGAAGAAAGUGAAAAAGUAAGAACAGAUUUUCCUGAGACCUGGAUUUGGGGACUUGUUGCUCUUGGAGAAUCUGGAAGAACUGAAAUCCAUCAUAAGGCUCCGGAUACCAUCACUGACUGGAAUGCAGGAGCCGUAUGUAUGGGACCCAGUGGAUUUGGCCUCUCUCCAUCAUCCUCGUUAAGAGUUUUCCAGUCAUUCUUUGUCGAACUUACCCUCCCGUACGCUGUUGUUAAAGGAGAGUCAUUUAUUGUUAAAGCCUCAGUCUUUAACUACCUGAAACAAUGUAUAAAGGUGCAAACCACCUUGCAGACUACUGAUGAGUUACAAGAGAAGCCUUGUGCUGAGUGUGAAUAUAGCAGUUGUAUCUGGGCAGAGGAGAGCAAAACUUUCUACUGGAACAUGAAAGCCUCCAAACUAGGAGAAGUGAACAUUACUGUAAAGACAGAAGCUUUGGACACAAAAGAAUUAUGUGGAAAUGAGAUGCCUGUUGUGCCUAAACAAGGCAGAACUGAUACCAUUGUAAAGGCAGUACUUGUACAACCUGGUGGUGUCCUGGUGGAGAAAGCACAGAGCUCUCUGAUCUGCAUCAAAGAUGGAGGCCAGCCUAAAGUAGAAGAGAUAUCUCUGGAGAUCCCUGAUAAUAUUCUAGAGGAUUCUGAAAGAGCUUACAUAACAGUGUUGGGAGAUCUCAUAGGCACAGCAUUGCAGAACCUUGAUCGUCUUCUGGCCAUGCCAUAUGGAUGUGGAGAGCAGAACAUGGUUCUCUUUGCUCCUAAUAUCUAUAUCUUGAAUUAUCUGGAGAAGACUCAUCAACUGAACAGCGAAAUCCUGAGCAAAGCCAAGAAUUUCCUGGAGAGCGGGUAUAAGCGUCAGCUGACCUACCAACGUGAUGAUGGGUCAUACAGUGCUUUUGGAAAGAAUGACAAAGAAGGAAACACAUGGUUGACUGGAUUUGUAGUGAAAUCUUUCAGCAAAGCUCGACCUUAUAUCUUUAUAGAUGAAAGUCAUCUGAACCAUUCUUUCUCCUGGCUGCAAAAAAACCAACAAGACAGUGGAUGUUUCAGGAGUGUGGGAAGACUUUUCAAUAAUGCAAUGAAGGGGGGAGUAGAAGAUGAAAUUUCACUUACUGCGUAUAUUAGUAUUGCCCUUUUGGAAGCUGGGAUAGAUGUGCAGAAUCCGUUAGUGAGUAAAUCUCUGGCCUGUCUGAGGAAAGCCUCUGUGGAUGUCAGCAAUGUAUAUACCCAGACUCUGCUGGCCUACACCUUCACAUUGAGUGGGGAUAAUGAACUCAGGAAAACUUUAAUGGACAAACUGAAGGAAAAAGCAGUGAGGGGAGAUGGACAGCUGCACUGGAAGCGGGAUUCCACUCCUCCUUCUGAAGACACAAACUGGUACAGAGCUCCAUCAGCAGAGGUGGAGAUGACCUCCUAUAUGCUUCUAGCAUAUCUGUCUGGUCCAGAUCCAGAUAUAGGCAAAUCUGCACAAAUUGUGAACUGGUUGAGCAAGCAGCAGAACCCAUAUGGAGGAUUCUCUUCUACACAGGACACGGUAGUGGCUCUUCAGGCCAUGGCCAAGUAUUCAGCGGUGACAUUUUCUGACAAAGGAGACAUGACUGUGGCCGUCAAUUCCAAGUCGGGAUUCCAUGAGCAAUUCCAUGUGGACAAGAAUAACCGUCUCCUUCUCCAAAAGGCAACUCUAGCUAAUGUUCCUGGAGACUACACUGUGACAUCAACGGGGAGUGGUUGUGUCUUUGUUCAGGCCGUAUUAAGGUACAAUAUCCCUCCUCCGAAAGGUGUGGCCGCUUUCUCUUUAAGUGUAAAAUCAUCUUCAAGAAGAGAAUGUCUGGGGGAUCCUGUGACAAAAUUUGAAAUUCUUAUCACUGCCUCUUAUACCGGUACUCGGGAGAAAUCGAACAUGGCCGUUAUUGAGGUCAAGAUGUUGUCUGGCUACAUUCCGGUGAAGAGCACAGUAAGGAAACUGGAGCAGGACAAGUUAAUAAAGAGAAGUGAAAUCCAGACUGAUGUGGUGACUUUGUACUUGGACCAGAUUGACCGCAAUCCAGUAAACCUCUCCUUCAUCGUGGAACAGGACAGUGUGGUGAAAGACCUAAAACCAGCUACAGUAUCCCUCUACGAUUAUUAUGAGACAGAUGAAAAUGUUUCUGUGGAGUACAACCACCCUUGCAGUAAUGCAGAAAAGUCUGAAAAUUCAAGAUGAGACCCGGUUGUACCGGUUGUAUCAGUACCUACAACCCUGCACCAGAAGCAAAGAUCCUGAUAAAGCAAUAACGCUGUCAUAGUAACAAUAAGAACACUAAAUAAAAUAACAAACACUUGUCUCACAUCGUGUAGAAAUAUGCUUACUUACUCUGUUCAACUGGCUAGUAGUCUGUAGAUUCAUUAAUAAAACUAAAUAAAACCAAAAUAUAAUACAUUGUGAAA